CCGGCACAGUCGGCAUCAUGGCUCGACUAGUGCUAGCUACGUGCGCCCUAGGGCUCCUCGUCUGCGCCCACGCCUACCCAGGUGGUUACGGCGGGGGUAGCAACGGAGGAGGUGGUGGCGGCGGCGGCGGUGGUGGCGGUUUUGGCGGCGGCGGCGGAUUAGGCGGCGGCCAUGGCGGCAGCGCCGGUCUUGGAGGUGGCAAUGGCGGCGGCGGUGGUCUUGGAGGCGGCCAUGGCGGCGGUAGCGGACUAGGAGGCGGCAAUGGCGGCGGCGGUGGUCUCGGAGGUGGCAAUGGCGGCGGUGGCGGACUAGGAGGCGGUAGUGGCCACGGAGGCGGUGGAUCCGGCGGAUUCGGUGGCGGAAACAGCGGUGGAGGCGGCGGUUCCGGCGGUGGAGGACACGGAGGCGGUGGAAAUGGGGGCAGCGGCGGCUUCGGUGGUGCCAGUGCUAAGGCAAGUGCCAGUGCCAGCUCUAGCGCUGGUGGCGGCGGCGGAUACAAGAGCGGAUACGGGUAA